AUGAACAAUCGCCUAAGAACGUUCUCUAUUCCGUUUCCAUCAAAAAGGGCAAAGAGCAUUCUCACUAGUCCGUUUUCUUCUUUGACAUUUUUUCCACUCCGGCUUGUUUUUACCUGGGAUUUCCACCGCGUUCAGUGUAUUGCGUACACUAGAAUUUCCAAGAACACCAAUCUCAUCCUAAGUAUGAAACGUUUUCUUGGUGUUGAUUUUUCACCGUUGGUCGAGCCAUGGGAUCGGCAACUGACCACUCUUGGAGUGCUACUGUACUUCACGUUAACUCUUCCGCUGGCUAUUAUUUGCUCUAUUCUGCCAUUUAUCUUGAUAUUUACCAGUUAUUGGUACAUCCUUCUUGUUUAUGGGCUGUGGUAUUUUUACGACAGGAAAUCGCCACAAAAUGGUGGAUACCCUAGCAAAUGGGUGCAGAGCUGGCGAAUGAACAAAUGGUUCGCCGAUUAUUUCCCCGUAUCUUUGCAUAAAACUGCCGAGUUUUCGACCGACCAGAACUACAUUAUUGGAUGUCACCCUCACGGUAUCAUUGGAAUGGGAUUUUAUGCGACUUUUGCUAGUGAGGGAGCUAACAAGAGUAAAGUAUUCCCAGGGAUACAAUUUCUUGUUUGUACUCUUGCCUCCAACUUCAAUAUUAUGAUCACGAGAGAACUACUCCAGCUCGGUGGAUUCAUCGAUUGCUCUAAGGAAAGCAUCAGGAAUGUACUGUCUGGGAAGAAGGAAGGAAAAGCCGUGGUUAUCGUUGUAGGAGGUGCCGAAGAAGCUCUGGACGCUCAUCCAAGUAGGCAUAAGCUCAAGCUGCUUUCUCGAAAGGGAUUUGUAAAGGAGGCGUUUCAUGCGGGAGCGUCACUGGUCCCAGUGUAUUCAUUCGGUGAAAAUGAUAUUUAUGAACAGGCAAAAAAUCCCAAAGGCUCUGCAGUUCGUCGACUUCAAACAUGGUUGAAAGAAAUGACUGGCGUCUCAUUGCCACUCUUCUAUGGAAGAGGUUUCUUUCAGUUGAAUUUCGGUUUUCUACCACACAGCCGCCCGAUUAACACAGUUGUUGGAGCACCAAUAGCUGUACAGCAAGUUGCUGAACCGACCAAUGACGAAGUGGAUCGUGUACAUAAGCAAUACUGCGAUGCUCUUACGGAACUUUUUGAUCGGCAUAAAACUCAGUUUGGCUCUGACGAAGGCGACGACUCUGAAGCGUUGGGUGUAAUAAAAUUUGUUAACAAUCUUGGCUGUUACUUAAAUUUGACUAUCGACAAGUUGCAAUCUCUCGGUAACCACGAGUUGAAGAAGAGCUGUCAAGAAUUGCAACGAUACGGAGUAGGCACCUAUGAUGUGAAGCAUGUUCAGGCUCAUUGGGAAGCAAUCUUCAUGAAGCUUAACAAACUUGAAAGCGACAAUGGAACAAAGAGCAAUCUUAUGGCCGACAACAACGAUGAGGUAAAAAAUUUCCACGAAUACGUUGAGGAAUAUGGUGAUUACAGGAUCGAACUCGCCGGAGCUGUCACAACUCUGGAACAGAGCGACACCAAUGAAGGCCUUAUUCUCGAAGCCUUCGAGAACGAGGAAUUGCCCACGAAGUAA